UUAUGAGUUGGGUUGUGCGUUGUGCAUGGUUGUGCCAGUUGUGCUCAUAAAUACACAAUUUUUUAGCAUUAUGAUUCCCGAUUAUGAUCUAUCGUGGUGUUGAAUUUUUCCUUGAGAAAUUAAAUUAGUAGCUAGACUAUUAUCUCACUUUUAUAUGCAUUCCUUAUCCAUGUCGUGAUCUAUACCGAUUCAUAGUAAAGCAUUCAAAAUGUCUGCCCUUUUCAACUUCCAAAGUUUACUGACUGUUAUCCUAUUAUUCAUCUGCACCUGCGCCUACCUUAGAUCACUGUUUCCAAGCAUUCUUGAUCGGCAUAAAGUCGGAGUGUCAGGGAUAUUUUGGAAAGCUGCAAGAGUAGGUGAACGGCUCAGUCCUUAUGUCGCCAUCUCAUGUGUGCUGAUGGCUUGCAGUAUUUUAUUUUGGUCCUGAUCUUCCAGUUCAAUAAUCUCUUGUCAUUUCAUGCAGGAGAUUCUCUACCAAUAUGAAAUUCGGUUUCCAAUGAUCACUUGGAAUAACAUGGCAGCAAGGAAGCAGGACUCUGUAAAAGUUAUAACCCUUCAUGUGGUAUCGUGGAUUCAAAGAAGUGCAACUAUCCUCCAACCUGUGUUCUAUAAUUCAGCAAUUGAUGUAUCUUCUCAAUUAAACAAGAUUAAUCAUAAGAAUAAUGUAAAAUAAUCAAAGACAACAGACCCUCCACCGGUAUCUUGGCAAUGGUGGAAGCUUUUACUUUCAGGACUUCAGCAUUCUACUGUUGACUUACCUACAUGGUUGAUGUUUAACAACGAGUUGGCAAUUUCGUUUUGCAAACAAGCCAAAGUUUGGGAAACUUGUUUGGCUCAUGACGUUACCCAAAGCUCUUCAUCCACCAUGCAGGUAGGUCAACAGCGGAAAUAUGAGUGAUGACUGUUGCUCCCUUAUAACUGUCCAUAAGGAAUUGCUGAAUCCCCGAAAGUAAAAGCUUCCACCUGUCGCCAAGAGGCCAGUAGAGGGUCUCUUAUCUCUGAAAAUAAUCUUCAGAAAAGUACGCACAGUUCAUUUUCUAAGAGGAAUCCCUCCACAGCAAAUUGGUCAAUGGAUUUAGUUAUUAUUUAAACGUUCAGUUGGUAUUUGGAUACUUUAUCAAAUGGAAAGCUGUCAUAACUGGGGAAAAAGAAGACAGAAAAACAGUUUGACAAUGUGUACAAUGAUUCUAUAGACAAGGUAUGACCUCAAUCAGCAAAUGAGUUCUUGCUAUGUUCAUGUAAUGAUGAGGUGACAGUGUGCAUUUUUCUAGACAUUACUGUGCAUUUAUUCGGGAGCAAAACCUUUGUAAGUAAGUGAAACAUUGAUAUUAUUUUAAUUUUUAAGCCCAAAAUAAAGUUUUCUGUUCUUUUUUGAA